CGCUGCUGACAGGCCUGCGCCCCUCCCCUCAGGAGCGGCCUCCGCCUCCUCAGCCCCCUCAGGCCGCCUUCCUCCGCCGGGCCUUCCCGCUUCCUCCGAGGCGCGGCUUCGGGGCCUAGCCGGCAGCAGCAGCAGCUGACUGGGGCGCCUCUGCCUGGGCGGAGCCGCCUCGCAGGCCCCGAGGAGCCGGGGAAGCGCCCAGCCGCGGCCUGGCGAGGGACGGUUUCUGGCGGAGGAGGAGCAGCGGCGGCAGCGGGAGGAGGAGGAGAGCUCGGGACUCGGCCGCCGCCGCCGAGAGAGGCCAUGGAGGAGGCCUGGUCCGGGCGGCGGGGGGCGGGCCUGCGGGGGCGGCUGAGGGACGGCGACGGAGCAGGGACCGGCGCCAUGGCGGCCGUCACGCCCGAGCUCUUCGAGGUGAGGGGUUUGGGGGGGACGACGUGGGGCGGGGCGGGGGAAGAGAGAGGGAGCUGUCACUGGGGCAAGAUGGGGGGGGGGGCGAGAGAGAAUGGGGUGUGUGGGGUGAUGCCCGCUCCCCUCUCCUCCUCAUGGGGUGGGGAGAGAUGUCUCCCUCUCAUGUGGGGGGAUAUUCCUCUUCUCAUGUGGGGUGGCACCCCCUAUCAUGUGGGGGGAUACCUCCUCUCAUCAUGGGGGUAUCCCUCUCCUCAUGUGGGGGGCACAACCUUUCCUCAUGUGGGGUGGCACCCCCUCUCCUCAUGUGUGGGGGGGAUAUCCAUCUUCUCAUGUGGGGUGGCACCCCCUAUAUUGGGGGGAUACCUCUCGUCAUGUGUGGGGGGGGAUAUCCAUCUUCUCAUGUGGGGUGGCACCCCUUCUCAUGUGGGGGGCACACCCUUUCCUCAUGUUGGGUGGCACCCCUCAUGUGUGGGGGAUAUCCCUCUUCUCAUGUGGGGUGGCGCCCCUUCUCCUUAUUUGGGAUGAUACCAUGUGGGGUGAAACCCCGUGUCUUGCAGUGGGGCACCCCCUAGGGAGGGAGUGUUUUCUUUGAGGUGAGGAAAUAGGCAGAUUGUUUCUUUGGGGGGGGUGGGGGGGUCUUGUCCCUCCGGGGAGUGAAGUAUUGAAGGCAAGCAGAGUGACAAGGGGUGGUUUCAUUGAUUUAGUUAUUGCAUUUUCUAUACCGCUUUUCGUUCACACGAAUCCCGGAGCGGCUUAUGGACAAUGAGUGAUAGCAGCGUAGAAUGUCACAAACGCAGCAUAAAUCAUAUAGAAUAGUUAACAAAUCACCGGAGAAGCAGUCGCAACCUGCAAAAAACGCUGUUGACAAAGCAACAGCUAAGAAAUAAACAAAACACCAGAAUUAAAGCAAAUGUCAUAUGAUUAACAAAUCAUAUGAUCUGUCUAUAAUCUAUUAACAAGCAUUUAUAAUCUAUACAAUAUUAACAACAUAGCAAGAAUAGCAAGCAAAUAACAAUAAUAAUAGUAGCAAGCAAAAAAUAAGCAAAACCCUAUUAAGUUCAUACAUGGAGAUGAGGGGAGAGGAAGAUGGGUGGGCAAAGUCCCAGCCUCAGGCGGCAAAGGGGUGCAAAUGGCAUGCUCCUUUGUCUAUAAACUUGCCUUUUUCUAUGUCUGCUGAGGAGGAAGAGGGUUUAGGUUGAGCUGAUUUUGGGGAGGGGGGAGCGUCACUGAAGGGGAGAGGGAAGGAAAGGCAAGCGUGGGGGAAGGGAGCUGUCAGUGGGGCAGCAAGGGUCUCUGGGGAGAGCAAAAUGGGUGUGUGUUUUGAAGGGAAAGGUGGGGAGGGGCAGCUGUCAGCGAUGUAGUGGGGUAACAUCUUGUGUCUGUUAGGUCAGAAAUAGGGAGGCAUAAGGUUGGUCUUAGAGGGGAAAGGAUUGGGGCGGGGGAAGCGUCUUAGUACAUAGACUUUCCCCUCACCCCUUACUUUGACAGCCACGUGAAAUGGAGAAAUGACCCCCCCCCCCCCCGAGAUGGAGAUGCAGCGGCAGGCAAAAGAUUCUCCUGCUGGGUUAUUUGCUUGUCAUGCAGCUGUUGGUGUUGAUGCUUUACUAGGAUUAAAAAAUAAUAACAAAUUGGGAAGCCUCACGUGUGGCACAGGGCGAAUGAGAUGGGGAGCGAGAGAUUGUGAACGGUGGGUGGAAAUUGGGGAGCCACUGUUUUGGAGGUGUAGUAGGGUGGGUAAGAUGCUUCUUUGGGUUGUGUCUGCAAAGAUGAUGAAGUUUAGCGAGAGAGACAAAUUCAGAACAACAACAACAACAACAACAACAACAACAACAACAAUAAUAAUAAUACAGUAAUAGGCAAUUUCCCCCCUCGGAACUGGUGGCAUUGCUGCUGUUCCCCCCAAAAUAUUGUAGUAGAACUUCUAAGGUUAUUUUUAUUGGAGGGGAAAGGUCUUAGCCCACUUUCCUCCAAUAUUGAGGUAAUCAUGGCAUUGAACAAUCCCUGGUCCAGUGCUGACGGGACUGAAAGGGCGGAAAGCAAGGAGGCCAGGGUCAGAAAGAACUAACAAAUUCUAGUUUCAUCUCCAUCCUCUUUCCUGAUGAGUUCUCCAAAGGCAGCAGACUAAGGAGGAGGAGGCUGACAGCCAGUGCUUGUAAGUAAGAAGGUGGACUGGUGGGGGCUGGUGGGGCAGCUCCCCAUCUGCCCUGUUGGAACAGCCUCCACUGCUCUGGCCUUGAGUAUUCUUUGCAGCCCUAAGCUGCCGAAGAAGUCAUAUACUGAUUUGUAUUAAGAGAUGGUCUAUGGUUGCCACUCCUUCUUUUCUUGGCAUGUCUUCGCCUUGGGCCCAUAACACCUGCAUUUCAGGCAGAAGUGCAGCUGGCAUGGAGAUGGGAUUUCAUUUGCUGCAUUUCUUCCACUUCUGUAGCUGUUCAAGGACAGGAGCCCUGCUAGGAAAGAGACUGGCUAAACAAAGUGACCAGUCGCACCUUAGGCCAGACACGUUUCUUUGAAAUACCCUGCAAACGGAUGCAUGUGUUUAUGUUUACAGGCUACAAGAAGCAGCUGCCAUAUUUUAUUAAUUUAUGUAAACACUUCUCCUCCACCUUUCAGCCCAUGAAGUGGCCCCAAUCAUCUUCCAACUUAAAGAUAAUAUAUACGAUAAAAGCAAGGCACGUCAAAUAGCCUCAGCUGGUCUGUUAAAUUUAUAUCCCUAUGUUUCAGUUUGUACUGGAACUUGCGAGAUGGUUUUCGUUGUGAACAAGCAUGAAGAUACACAGGGGUAUUUUGCCUUUGGAACAACCCCCAAUUCCAGAGCCUGACUGUAACUGUACCUGUAACUUGGCCUAAGCACAUGCAACCAAAAGAACCUUGAACCCAUUCCUUGUUUUACCCUGCCUCCAUUUCCUUCCACUUCCUCUGUAGUUUCCUUUGAAUUGAUUCCUGCAUAGCAGAGGGUUGGAAUAGAUGACCCUCAGGGUCCCUUCCAACUCUACAAUUCUAUGAUGCUGUGAACGCUGCAAUAUUUAUCUGUAAAUGGGAGGCAUACUAAGGAAGCAUAAUCACCAGAAGUAGCAGCAGUGAAAGGAAGAUUACAUUCAUUGUGUGGUGGUUCAAAUGGCAGUUCAAAUGCCUAGGGACUGGCCUGCCAGGCAGUUUGAGUAACCCAGACAUAAUGUAACACUGGCAUGCACUCAUCGUACUGUAACAUGACCGCUGUGAUUAGUGGAAGAGAGGGGAAAACAGAUGAUUUCAUCUGUGCAGAUCUAUCAGCCAUCCUUAAAUACAAAGAGGUUUCCAGAGAAUGUGAACCUUGGAUCUCUAGGUCUGUGGCGUUCUGCGUACUUAGCUGGAGAGUGUGUCUCCUAAAUUCAAUUGGGCUUAAUUUCUGGGUAAUGGUUAGGGUUGCACUGUAAAUGUACCACUGUGGUAGACAAUAUUCCACUUGCCAAAAGUUUUAAAGAACUUUUGGCAUGAUUACUGGCUUUACAAUUAAGUGUAGGCCAUACAGAGUCUUCCAGUUUUGCAGGCAGCCCCAUUAGCUAGCAAUGCAAUAUGUAUUGUUAUUAGAUUACAGAAAAAUUGGGCAGUGUGGAAUGUUCUCACAGUUGGCAGGUGUACAGAAGAAAUUGAUGUUCCAUUGGAAUAAACAUUCCUCCUCUGCAUUAUAUCAUAAAUGUUCCAGGUAGUGUUCAGUUUGGGCAACAUAUGCCCUAAUGAUUCAUUUUGUGCUAUGUUUCCAUCCAUUUCACGACCACAGUGGACCUUGCCCAGCACAUUGACUAUCAUUUGGUGGCCUGCUUCCCACUUCAUUGUGCUUCGUUGUACUUACCUGGGAAUAAGUCCUGGGCACUCAGUAAGGUUUGGGUGCUUCUGUAGAGGUAAAGGGACCCCUGACCAUUAGGUCCAGUUGUGACCGACUCUGGGGUUGCGGCACUCAUCUCGCUUUAUUGGCCGAGGGAGCUGGCAUACAGCUUCCGGGUCAUGUGGCCAGCAUGACUAAGCCGCUUCUGGCAAACCAGAGCAGUGCACGGAAAGGCCUUUUACCUUCCCGCCAGAGCGGUACCUAUUUAUCUACUUGCACUUUGGCAUGCUUUCGAACUGCUAGGUUGGCAGGAGCAGGGACCGAGCAACGGGAGCUCACCCCGUCGUGGGGAUUCGAACUGCUGACCUUCUGAUCAGCAAGUCCUAGGCUCUGUGGUUUAACCCACAGUGCCACCUGCGUCCCUGGGUGUUUCUGAAUGGGGACUUAAUAUUGUAAAUGCGUAUUUGGAUAUUGCAGAUGGGUUGCUGGCAACAGGAUUUUUUUUAGCAUGUUGGGUUUUCUUCAGAAAGGGUAAAUCUGGCUUAAUUUUGGGGUGGAGGGAAGUAUAGGCUGGCUUUUAUGCUAAUAAUGUUGUUUGGACACUGUGAGCUUGCACACUUGAGGAGCACCAAUCUAACAAUAAACCCAGGUGUGGAAGCAACCUUUUUGCUUUGUUGACUCACAUGUGAUUGUAGUGCAUGUCUCUCAGAGUGGCAUGCUAUGCAAACAAUAAAACACUACGUUAAAUCUGUUCAGAUCUUAGAAGCAAUAGCCAGGGGCCAGUGAAAUCAGUAAAUCCAUAAAACUAAAACUGACUGAUAUAAAACAUGUCGGUUGCCCCUAGGAAAACAAAAAAGCAUUUGCCUGCUGCUGAAAGUACAUCAAGGUUGGCACCAGGCAGGUGUCUCUGGGGCGGGCAUGCUAUCGACAGAGCUUCACAGCCAAGAGCACCCUCUCCCCAGUCAUCACCUGCCUAACGUCACAUAGCACAAGGACCAAGAGGAGGGUCUCCGAAGAUGAACGAAGGCUCAUGCUGAAAUGGACUGACAGCUAGUGUUGUCUGUUUAAGAGACCUGCUGAGCUACCUUCCCUAAAGCUGUUCCCAGUUAGCAGCGUGGCAGCUGCACUUUGUGUUAACCAAAGUUUCCAAGAAGUCUUCAGAGGCAGUUCCAUAUAACAACACAUUGCAGGAGUCCAGUCCAUAGAUUAGUAGAGUAUUAAUAAUAGUGAUCAGGCAAUCUCUGUUGAGGAGGGAAUUGCACAUCAUACUUGCGUGGUGAAAGACUCUACGGGGUGCAGAUGCCACUUAGGGAAUACACAUUGUUCAAGAGGCACGUUGCAACACUUUGCUUGUGGGCGUCUGGUUGGGAAACAGGAUACAGGACUAGGUAGGCCUGUUGUCUGAUCUAGCAGGUUAUUUAAAACAGGGGUCCAGCAGGUACCUGAACUAUAAACAGAAAAUUUUGUAAAUGUGAUCAAAGAGCCUUGUGGCUCCUUAGAGACUAACAAAUUUAUUAUGACGUACAGUCAUACCUCGAGUUGAAUGUGCUUCAGGUUGAGCGUGUUUGAGUUGCACUCCGCGGCAACCUGGAAGUAACGGAGCGCGUUACUUCCGGGUUUCGCCGCUUGCGCAUGUGCAGACGCGCAAAAUGACGUCACGCAUGCGCGAAAGCGGCGAAACGCGACACGUGCAGACGCGCCGUUGCAUCUUGCGUUCCAUUCGGGAUGUGAAUGGGGCUCCGGAUCGGAUCCCGUUCGCAUCCCGAGGUACCACUGUAGUUUUUACGGUGCUACAAGACACUGAUUGUUUUUGCUGCAAGAGCCUAACAUGGUUACUCCUCUGGAAAUGUUUGCAGACGUCCAUACCAAAUUUCACAGUGGUCUCAUUCUUAUGAUCUAUAUUGUCCCUUUGAAUCAGAUAUGAAAUUCAUAAUGGGUUUCUGAACUUGUGAUUUAAAACUGUGUGGUAACCACAUCUACCAUUUUUUUUAGAAAAGUCUGUGCCGCAUGGAACAAUUGCAUUACAAACAAAUGUAGCAAUGGAAUGCUAAAAAGACAAGUUAAACCAAAGGAGAAGCUUGGCUUUGCCACUAAACAGAACAAACUUGUGGUAUAACUUCAGUGCACUGUAGGUGUGGAAUAACUUGUCUAUCUAGUCAGGUAUUGUUUUUCAAGGUGCUAACGCUUGGCACUGAUAUUAAAAAUGUCUGGAAUAAAAAACUGCUUGUGGCCUCUGAGCACUUUGAAUUUGGAAAAAAAUGGCUUAUUGCUAUUGCCCUCAAUAUCAUGUUUUUAAAACCUCAUAUCACUUUCCAGCAAUCUAGGUUUUUAAAUUAGCUCAAAGACAUAAGAUUACAUUUUCUUUGCUUUUUUUCAUUUUAUUCCUUUUUUGAAAAAAUAUAUUGCAAUUAAUUUUUUAAAAAACCCAUAAGAUCUAUUCUUGAUGAGCUUCUACAACCCUAUGUAGGACUGAUCUGUAAUUUAUUUUAAGCUGCUGUUUUUAAUUCAGACUUUUGAAUUGCUGUAACCUGCCCUUGGACCUUGUGGUGAAGGGUGGAUUAGAAACCUGUUAUUAUUAUUAUUAUUAUUAUUAUUAAUAAUAAUAAUAAUAAUGAUGAUGAUGAUGAUGUAGUAAAUGUAAAAACCCUCUAAAAGUAAACAGAGUGUGUUCCUGGUGCCAUACAGAAGGGAUACAGUCUUCCUAUGAAGUCUACAAUCCACAUGAAGAUAGGAGUGUGCUCAGGGUUUGGGACAGAUAAAUGAAUAAUGUGGGGUGGCAGAUGAGAUUCACAGCAGUGAAGGAACAGGCAAGGAAAGAGUCUUCCUGCUACCUGAGAUCUUUGUACAUGGAAAUGGUGGCACUGAGCCUGGCCCUUUGCGCAUUCAGAGCAUGUUCCCCUACAACUGAGAUAUGGCCUCUCCACCCAUAAGGAGCUGCGUAGCAGAAAGGCACAUGAUUAGAGUGUGGGAAGUUGAUAGUGGAGGCUGACGAACUUAAGGGAACAGCUUGCGACUUUCCUUGUCUAAUCCAGCCUCUCUCUGAGCUGAUGAAUUGGAAGGUCCCUGUGUACAAAUCGCUAGCGUCACCACUGAGUGAGCACACUCUUGAAUGCAUUGGGCCUAGAUCCUGAUUGGGCUUUGAAGUGAAUGACAGGUCCUGGAGUGUAAAAGGCUGGGAGCCGCUGCUUAUAGCGGGCCAGUUCUGCAAGCGCUGAACGAGAUGUUCACUAUAUUCAAAAUGCCUAAUUUUUAGAUUACGUGCACAAAUGUGUAAAGUGCCACUGGCCCUAUUAUCUAUGGUUUGUAAAGCAUUCACUGCAGAAAAAGCUUUUAGCCGCUUUCACUCAGCGAGGUGUAAACAAUAUGUAUCUUGCACUUCCUGCUGUGGCUUGCUGUAAAAAAGUGAUUCUUUUCUUGUGUGGUUAGGAGCCCUUUGUGGCAGAUGAGUACAUUGAACGCCUGGCGUGGAGGACUCCUGGCGGAGGUUCCCGAAGUAGCGUGGAAGCUUUUGAUCCCAAAAGGUAAAAUCCAGCCGCAUAAUCCAGCUGCACAAUGAACACUUUUAACCAUCCCUUAACAAAGAGCAAGCACUGUGCGAAUCAUAUAAGUACCCAAUAAACACCAGCUGUGAAAGCCGCUGGAUCGCUAUGACACCCCCUCCUCCAUGCCCCCCAUGCAAGCUCCUUAGGUGGUUUUCAUAAUAGCGUGUUGAGGGUAGAAAGGGGGUUGAGGAAGUAUAACGUAGAAAGAAAGAAGUAAACAAGGGAGAAAGGGAGAAGUUUUCUUCUGAAAGCCCAUAUUGGAGAAGGAACGGGUCUUACGUGGCUUAUUGACAUGGCCAUAUUGGCUUCUACAAGUAACAUUAAGAGCAUGGUUAAGGAACUUGGAGGAUUAAUCCCUAAACUGCUAUACUUGACCAAUUCUUGCAAGUUGCUAGUUUAGUAUAGAAUUCAAUAUGACAUAAUUGCUAGGUGUUGGUGCAAUGGAGUGAAUAGGGGUAUUUUGAUAAGGUUAAGUGCCAUUUCACAACAUUCUUUUAAUCCAUUUUAAUAAGCAGAUCGAUUUUCUCAUGGCUGUCUUAUUUUCCCAAUUCCUCUAGAGUUUGUUUUUGCUGUUUUUAAGGUUGGCAGGGUAGCUUACUCAGGUGCAGAGUUGGACAUAAAGGCUGCCAGGCUUUAAUGGCUUUGGACCUUGAACCUAGUUCUUCACUAGGUCCAGAGGCCUUUCUAAAUCCUUUUGAAAUCCUUUAACUGGGACGUGGGACUCUGUGUGUCUUUUGACCAGUUUGGGAUUCCUGUUUUAUACAACUGUGCACCCACAUGUUUGCAUGAAAGGUCUUUGGGUGUCCCAAGGCACUAUGUACUUGCUAGACUUACGGUGUGGGGAUGACCCGCUAUGUGAAGCCUAGUUUUGUUUUUUUAAUGGGGUAAACUUGUAUGGUUGUCCUUAUCUAAACUCAUUCACAGCCAGAAGUGUGCUGUGAAAGUAUCACUUUGGACAAAUUAGGAUCCUGCAAGAAGACUUCAAUUAGACUAGGGACUGAAGUUUUGGGGAUACAGGGGAAGGGUAGGACAGAAAUGCUUAUAAUAAAAUGAAGAUAUGCUGUAGAAGUUAGGUUGUGUGGUGUGUUUUUUUUAAGCAUUUCAGUCUUAGUACUGAUGUACCUUCACCAGUGCCUUCAGAACUAUUUGGUACCACCAAUCACACAAUGUCAUCACGAUACUGCAAUCUGCUUUCUCAAACCCUUUAUACAAAACCCUUCAGAUUACAAGAAGAAUUUGUGAAUCAUAUCAAUGAACUCAAGUUGCUAGAUGAAAGAAUCCAGAGAAGAGUGGAGAAGUUAGAGCAGCAAGUCCAGAGAGAAGCCAAGGAAUUUGCCAAGAAGGUUCAAGAGUUGCAGAAAAGCAACCAGGUAAGAAGUCAGGGCUCAGUUCACAUCCUUGCAGUACUCUCUCAUCGUUUCAGUUUAUUUUGCAUGGGAGAACUUGUGCUAGAUUGUGUCUUAAGCUUAUACAUCAGGUUUUGAUGUACCGUAUUUUUUGCCCUAUAGGGCACACCAGCCCAUAGGGUGCACUUAUUUUUUUUUGGGGGGGGGAAAUAAAGAAAAAAAAUUAUCCCCCCCCCGAGCCCCAAAGAGCAAAGAAGCCAUAACAGUGAGCGGGAUGGAUCCCGCUAGCUGUCCUGGCUUCGUUUUUAGCCUUGGGACUGGGGGUCCAGGAGCGAAGGCAAGGUUGCGCUCAACCUUGCCAUCGCUCCCGGAGCUUGCUUGUGGGGCUGGGGGCAGGGGAAGCCCGAGAGCGAUGGCGAGGUUGUGCGCCCCAUGUUUCGGGCUGCAGGCUGCUGCCCGCAAGCCUUGGGAGCCCGGCGGGCACUCCCGCCGGGCUCCCAAGGCUUGCGGAUAGCUUCCUGAAGCCUGGAGAGCGAGAGGGGUCGGUGCUCACCAACGCCUCUCGCUCUCCAGGCUUCAGCGAAAGCCUGCAUUCGCCCCAUAGGACGCACACAAAUUUCCCCUUCAUUUUUGGAGGGGAAAAAGUGCAUCCUAUAGGGCGAAAAAUACGGUAAUUUUUGUCCUUUGAAUGUCCAACCUAGGAGUGGUAGAGGCACACACUAACAGUCUCUCUGCAAUUGCCACUGCCUUCCCACACACCUAACUGCAAACAAAAUUUGAAGGGGUGGUAUCUGUUAUUUAUUGUAAGGGAAGGUGUGUGUUCAAGACAUAUCGUUUUAUUUAUUUGGACAAUUUAUAUAGCAUUUAUAUUUAAUAAAAUCUCUUAAGCGGUUUACAGUGCAGUUGGAGACAUCUUAAAAUUAAAAAAGCAAAUGCAAAAAAUUCUAGAAAAUAUCCAUAUUCUACAAAACACUAUUAACCUCUUUAGCAUCAGAAUAAACACUGAGCAUAAAAAUCAGUUAUAGAUAUACAAGGAUAUUUCACAUUAUAAAAUAUUAGUAAACACAUAGAUAUAAUAUGCUUUAAAGAUCAGUGUUACAAAUGGAAAUUAACUAAAACAGUUAUUUUUUACAUUCUUCAAUAAAAAUUGGCAACUAGGCAAAAGAGGGCAUCUUCACUGUUCUGGAUAGGUAGUUACAAUGAUAGUGGGAUCAACUUCUUGCCUCUCGUCAGCCACCAUUGGGGAGGAAUGGAAGGUGAGAGAAUGGCAACUCAGCUUACCUUAAUAUCUAUCUAAGUGUACAAGCGACUUUUGUACAAGCGAUCUAUACAAGUGACUUUUCUCCGGUUGCUUUGAGUGCAUUAGCCUCUAUAUCUGCAACCAUUACCUAUUCCUGCUGGUUAUGCAGCAAUCUGCAAAUGGCAAACUCCAAAUUCUAGCGCUCAGUAGUGUGUGUGAUUUAGCCAGAUAUAGCUGCUUCUAUAUAACACAAAUUUAAUCUUAAGUGGAAUAAUAUGAAUUAUUCCGGAUACUUCACCAAAUGGUUGGAAGCAGUCUGUGUGAGCAACUAGGCAGUCAGUCUGUCAUUAACCAUACAGAAUCUUAAGAUCCGCACUGGAUACCAAUGGAAUUAGCUCAGUUAAUGCAACUUGAUGCACUUUCAUCAACUUGAUUUAUGUGGAUGCUUCUCUGUUUUACUGGAGAGGGGACGAAUACCGAACCUUUCCCUUUGUUAGCUUCUGUGCUUUUGCUCUUUAGAAUGUUAUUGAAUAGCUUGACUUUCCUUAAUUACAGUAAACACAACCGCUAUUACUUUGUCUGCCCUCUUCUCCCAGGUUGCCUUCCAACACUUCCAAGAGCUAGAUGAGCAUGUCAGCUACGUGGCAACUAAAGUCUGUCACCUUGGCGACCUGCUGGAGGGGGUAAACACGCCACGGCAACGGCUAGUGGAGGCUCACAAACUGAUGAAAUACUUUAAUGAGUUUCUAGAUGGAGAGCUGAAGUCUGACGUUUUCACCAACCCUGAAAAGGUAAGGCCCGUCAGCAGAAUUGAAAGAAGUUGCACGCCAUAAGCUGAGUUGCCCUAAUUACAACCCCUUGCUGCAACUUUUCCACGCUCUGACUCCCUAGCGAGCGACUUGUCCAAGCACCAUUGUUCUGGAGUACAGAUUAACUUCAUUUGCCUGCAGAUUCAGCCGUUCUCAAUGUGGCAAUGCUGUCACUUUUUCAUUUUGCAAAAAUCAUAAGCGACUUGGAAGAAUGCUGAGAGAGUAACUUUUUAGAAUACCUUGGAAAUCUCUUGUGUUUUCUUCUUCCUCCUCUCCUUCUUCUGAAACUCUUGCCCUAAUUCUUCUCACUUGUGAAUGAACAUUUCCCUGUUAUAUGUCUCUUGGGUAAUCCCUCUUUGUAGCUAGAAGUAUUAUCAGGAUGCGUCUUUUGGCUCUGCAGAAUGGUUAAUGUACUUCUCCUCUUCCUGGGGACAUACAGAGAAAACUGAGGUGUGUUAAAAUAAACUUUGCAGAUAAGUAUGUGUGUGUCUUUUUCUGCAAAUCUGACUUCCCUGUUUUGCACCAGGAUGUUGCUUUGAAAGCUUUACUGUGGCCUGGUUUAAGUGUUGCCAUCUUGUUUGAUAAACUAUUUUUUGCUGGAUCGAGAGUGAGCUUUGUGCCUGAGCACUUACUCUUCCCCUCGCAUCCCUGGCUUAGGGACAGAUAACUGAGGUUUUGUCAAACCACAGUUUCCCAUGACGUUCAAUCAGAUCCUAGUUUGAUACCCUGGUUUGCAAACCACUCUUAUGCCAGUUUCUCGGUACAGACAUCAAAUACCAUUGAGCUAACCUUUUGUAGCAAUUUUCUUUAAGGGCCAAACAUACAGAGUUACUCUCUUCCAUGUAUAUUUCCCAAGUCUUUUCCUCCAGCAUUAUCACCAACUUUCCCUCUCAUUUUAAUACAUAGAUUACUUUUUAUUGUCCUUUUGUAUUAACAGUUUAUAUAUCUGUAACAGUACUUGAGUGUCUUUUUUAUAUCCUUCUUUUAUGUUAUGCAAGGUCUUUCAGCAUCUUAUAUUUUCAAUUAAGAAGUUUCUGAUAUGAAAUAAUUCAAACAAAGGUGGCUUAUUUUCUCCUACUGCUUCCUUAAUCUGAUUGUAUGUUCUCAUGCAGUUCAUACAUUUCCAUUUGGGUUCAUGUACUUAUUUAUUCCAAAACAUUCUCACUUUUUAAAGCAUCCACUACUCCCAAAUUCAUUGAAAUGUAGAUUGAGUGUCAGUGAACAGAUUUGGAGAUAGCUGUUACCUAAACUUAUCCCAAAUGCUCUAUAUGGAAACUAGAAAUGUAUUUUUCCUAAGUUCUAAGGGGCUUUUAAUUAGUUUUUAAUCAUAACGAGGUUGGGAAUAGCAUCCUCCUAAAAGUAUACUCUGAUAUUUUGAACACAGUGUUUUCUCCUUUUCUGCAUCAUUCCAAAAAUUCAUGUUCAUCAUAGUUCUUGUUAUCCUCCCAUCAAAAACAAGUUUCAGCAGAGUUGAGUUAUCUAAAUCGGAUUUUCUUUUUCUUUUCAAGCUUCCCUAGUUGUUCCUAUAAAAAACACCAGGUUUUUGCUCUUUCUAAAGCCUGAAAUGUGUUAUUUCCAGUAUGUUACCAUCUUCCUCUUUUAGUUAAAUGUAAGCAUGAUACCUCGGACCUUCUGUUGUUCAUUUUUAAACUUGAUUGGUGUUAUCUUUUAAUGACUGUUCUAGUUGAGUAGGAAAUAACAGCAACACUGUCAGCAUAUGUGCACACUUUAAAUUCUUUCCUGCUGAUUUCUAAACCUUUGAUCUUUAGAAUGGUUUCUUAUCAUAACAGAAGGAGCUCUGAAUUUCAACAGAAGUGAGGACAAGGGGCCGCCUUGUCUAGUCCCACAAGUAAAUUAAGUUGUCACUGUUAAAUUAGCAUUUAUGACUGUACAUAUGUGGAAGAGGGCAGUUGAUAAGCCAGUUGAUAAAUGUUCCAGUGCUAGCAGCUUUUAAUCCAUGAAAGUCAUGCUCCCAUUCCAUGCAGUCAAAAGCCUUUUCCCCAUUAGUAAAUGCAGUAACCCCCUGCCUUUACAUUAUUUAUAUAUACGUGUGUGUGUGUGUGUGUGUGUGUGUGUGUAUAAAAAUAAAACAAACUCGCUUCUCUGUUUGCUGGUCCUUUAGCAGCUAGAACAGCCUGAUGCAUCCACAAGAGGGAGGUCAGUGGUGGACCUUGGGGUCUCAAAUUUCAGCAGUGCCCUGUGUGAUGUCAAAUUCGGCACUUCUUGCCUUCCAUUCUACGUUAUAGUUGUGGUGCCCCCUGCAGCAUCCCAAAGGCUCCAUGCCCAGUGUGAUCAAACUGGUUACACUCCCCUAAAUCUGCCGGUGAGGAGGUAUGAAUAAGUGUAGGUUUGCAGAAGUGGAAAAACGGCUAGUAAACAACUCCGGGGGUUACAAGUUCUACAUGUAAUCUAUAAGACACUGAUAGAAGACUGGUAAGGUCCUUGAGAGAGAGUAUUCCAUAGUGGAGAGCCUUCCUCCUGGUGGAUCAGGCUUGGGGAGCCUGGUGCCUUCUAGAUGUUGCUGGGCUACAUUGGCUCCAGUGGUCAGGGAUGAUUGGAGUUGUAGUGCAGCAACAUAUGGAGAGUCGCAGGUUUCCACUCUUGUAAUAGAUUAUGAUACUGCCUUCAAGUCCCAUCAGCCAGUGCAUCUGGAGUGCACCAGGCUGGGGAAGACUGCCCUAGGAGGUGGCCUAUGCUAGCAGGUGCUCUUUGAUUGUAUAAUCCAGAAAUCCCUUUCCAUCUGUAGCUAUAUAAUUUACUAAUUUCUUUUGCUUGCAAUGCACCUACAACGUGAUCUGUUUGUACUGCUCCCACAGCAUCCUCAGAGCUUGAUAGAACUGCAUUGAUCUCUUCCCCUCUACUCACAUGUUUGAAUGGGUGUGUGUGAGAGUUUUUUGUGCUUCACCCGAUUAUCUUAACGCACCUCUGCCUGAUUCAAGAUGCUCUUGCUCCGAGACCUGGCAAAGUACAGCUGGAUUGGGGGCAAAAUUCCAAAGCACAGACAAGGGAGAAUGGCUCUCCCACCUCAUCCUCCCAGCUUGUUUCCCAGCCUUGCGAGAUCAAGCCCUUCUGAGAUCGUGGCAAUACGUUUUCAUCACUUCCCACAGGAUGCCCUUUGGGUUUUUGUCCACAACCAAAUCUCCAAUUGUCUCUGUGUUCGCAGGGCCACUUUAUACUUCAAAGGGUUUUGAUUGCCUACUAAGCAGUUUUCAGAACCGUAAUUUUUGCCUAUUUUUAGCGCAGCUUUAGAAAUCUCACUGAAGUUUACUAGCCUGAGUGAUAAAACCUGCUCAGCUACCCUUGCCUGGCAUGACAAGCAGUCAUGAAGAGAUGAAUCACGGGCUUCACCUUGUCAGGCAAGGCCAUCUUGCUCUGCGCCACACAGACUAGAAUUUUGCAUAAACUGUUUUAUAUACAUAGUAUGUUUUUAGCGCUGGAGUUCUUGGUUCAGCCUUAGUGAAUGUUUCCUUCAUACAGGCCCAGGGUUAGCUCUUUGCUUUUAAAAAUUGGAGCUCUGGGGUUACUGUUAUUUUGACAACUUCUCCUUAUCAAAGAUUAAACAUUUGGACAUUUGAAUCACGUUCUUCUUCCAUGGAGCCCAGGGUGGCUUACAGUGUUCUUCCUCCUCCCAUAUUUUAUCUUCACGACAAACCUGUGUGGUAAGUUAGACAGGGGGAGGUGACUGGCCCAUGGUCAGCCAGUUAGGAACAUAGGAAGUCACCUUCUACCGAGUGAGACCAUUGUCCACAUCACUCAAUUUUGUAUAGCAAUAAUAAUAAUAAUUUAUUAUUUAGACCCUCCCCAUCUGGCUGAGUUUCCCCAGCCACUCUGGGUGGCUCCCAAUCGAGUGUUAAAAACAAUGCAGCAUUAAAUAUUAAAAACUUCCCUAAACAGGGCUGCCUUCAGAUGUCUUUUAAAAAUAAAAUAGCUGCUUAUUUCCCUGACAUCUGAUGGGAGGGCGUUCCACAGGGCGGGCACCACUACCAAGAAGGCCCUCUGCCUGGCUCCCUGUAACUUGGCUUCUCGCAGGGAGGGAACCGCCAGAAGGCCCUUGGUGCUGGAUCUCAGUAUCCGGGCUGAAUGAUGGGGGUGGAGACGCUCCUUCAGGUAUACUGGGCCGAGGCCGUUUUGGUCAGCACCAACACUUUGAAUUGUGCUCGGAAACGUAAUGGGAGCCAAUGCAGAUUUCUCAGGACCAGUGUUAUGUGGUCCUGGUGGCCACUCCCAGUCACCAGUCUAGCUGCCACAUUCUGGAUUAAUUGCAGUUUCUGGGUCACCUUCAAAGGUAGCCCCACGUAGAGCGCAUUGCGGUAGUCCAAGCGGGAGAUAACCAGAGCAUGCACCACUCUCACUUUAGAUUGGGAGAAGGCAUACAGAGGAAAGGAUAGCAUGACCCAAGGUCUGUCUGCAAUGCGUACAGAAUAAUUUACCUCCUGACUUAUCAGAGAACCAUUAUACUCCACUUUAGCCUGUCCUGGCAGCAGCUGUGCCAAAAGGAGCAACAGAUAUAAGAACUAGGGGAAUGUCCCAAAAAUUAUUAGUUUGGUCCAUUUCCGUAAAGGAGAUGAUUGCAAGUUUCGUGAAUAAAGGCAAGAAACUAAAGCUUGAAAUAAACUCUUAGCAAGUCAUUUUAGGAAGAGGAUUCAGAAUAUUGGAGUGGGGGAGCGAGGCGGGGGGGGGGGGGGGGAGUUCCAGGCUACUCAUUGGAUCGAUUGUGGGAAUUUUCAGAAAUAAGUGAUGGCUAUCACUUCCGUGCAUUAAGAAGGGCAGUAGGAAAUGAUUUCGGUUUGAGGGAGCAAGUGAUCUGCUUGCAUAGUUUAUCUCUUGUGGUACAUUGUACGUCUUCUCCCAAUAGAUUGAAGAGGCAGCUGAUAUUAUCCAGAAACUGCACCUGAUAGCACAGGAGUUACCUUUUGACAGGUGAAGUAUGACUGACAGCUGUAAAAUGGUCUUUGUGAUUUCUGAUGGAUUUCAACUGACUCUUGCUAGCAUUUUAAAGGGGGGGAAAGUGGGGUAGGGGAGUAGUCAUGAGCUGAAAUCAAAACAGUACAUUUCAAGUGAAAAAAAAUAAUCAUUAAAAUACAACUAACUAGUUCUGCUAGCAGAAGCCCGCAUAAGGACUUCUGCCCACAUGGGGGGAGGAGAGGGGAGAUAAUUCUUUCUGGCCAGCUGAAAAACUUGUGCUGACAGGACAAUUGCCACAGUACUAUAUUGAUUUCCUGCCAAAAUAUUUUGAGGGCUACACCUAAAAAUAAUUCCAACUGUAACUCUGCCCUAAUUUUUCCAUUGCAUUUUCUUCUUGUAUGUUGAUGUUUUGAUAUGUAUUUUAAUAUAUUGUAUAUGAGAUUCUCUGAUAAUAUUUUAACAUACUGCUGCAUACCACCUUGAAACAUGGGGAGGUGGUGUAGAAAUCAUAAAUAAAUGUAAAAAUGUGAUGUGUGAAGCUAGCUCUUUGUUAGAAGGUUGAAGUGCAAGCCUUUAAUUUUAAUGUUAUUUUGUCAAUAGGUUUUCAGAAGUAAAAUCCAAAAUAGCAAGUAAGUUCCCCUCUCUGCUGCCCUGAAUUUCUUAAAUUGACAUGAAAAUGUCCUUAUUGCUCCCUUUUCACUAACUUGUGGAAUGUUAUUUUAUACCCCCACCUCCUUUCCCCUUGCAUUCAGGUAAGUAUCACGAUUUGGAGUGCCAACUGAUCCAGGAGUUUACCGGUGCACAAAGAAGGGGGCAAAUCUGCAGGAUGAGAGAAGUAGCUGCAGUCCUGCUUCACUUUAAGGUAAGAGGCGAGAGUCUGUUUCUGAGGUUUGAAUCCUGUGCACACUUACCUGGGAGUAAGCUCCAUUGAACUCAGGAAGACUUACUUCUAACUAGCAUGCGUAGUGCUGCAGCCUCAGCCAGUCAGCCAGGGUUUUGAAGAAUAAGUAUCCGAAUGAUUUGGCUCAAAACAGGGCCUUCCAGAUUGCAGCCAUUACUUAAUCCAUCCAGAUGAUGUGGCUACAGCAAAGCGAUUCCCAGCACAUAGAACAUUGUGACAUUGGAAAAAGCAGUUUGUUAUGCCCCCUGUAUGUUUGACUUUUGUACCGUUUACCUGCAUGGGUGGCAGUUGCACUCAAGUUUAUGGGUAGCAGGGAAUGUCCAUUGCAAGGCACGUCACAAGGCUCUCCCUUCCAACUCUCCCUUUGAAAGCACGGGCCAUUUUAUUUUCUUAGCUUCUCUUCCAGCAGCCUCUCCAUGAAAACUUCACUCCUUCCUUGUUUCUUUACAUACACAUGCAAAUGUGCAAUGGCCGUUUCUAAGAGCCUCUGCCACUUUGUUGUGAUUUCUACAGUUGGCAGAGAACUCCGUUAUUUGAGUCAAACUUAUGUGUGCAAGUUCAGACCACUGGGACCUAUAGAAAGGAAUUGUCAAUGACCACCCCACAACUGCAGGCUUCUUUUCCUCUAUAAAAGGGCUCAAAACUGUGUAUGUUUUGGAAGUGCUUUGUACGAUCACCUGCAUGAGCUCCAGUGGGUGGCCAAGACUACACCUGGUUGGAAGCAGAAUGGGCACAUAUAUCUCAAGGCGUGUGCGAAUUCCUCUCUUGCCUGUCUCAAGGCAAGUUUGGAGCCUCAAAUGUUUUGUAUUAAAGGCCCCACUCUGAAUGGGUAGUGCCAGGUCUGUUGCUUCCAAUUUUGUUAAGCAAAUAAUGUGCCUGAGAGGCUGUUGAGUUCGACAGAUUAAAUAGCCAUUAGCAUGUGCAGUGAAGUGCCACUUUUUGGGGAGAAACCAAUGGUCCAUCCAGCAGACCCAUCUGUUCUCCUGGUUAUUUUGUACUCCUGGUAGUAUGUUGCUGGCAAAGUGGAGCUCCCCAGGGGCCAAGCAAAGAAAGAGAGCUGGGAGGCAGAGAGUUCCUCCCCCAGUGCUCUUGUCAAAACAGGAUGUGAAACAGUCAUUAACGGUAGUCGCAAUGUGCCUAAAUUUCAAUUCCUUUUUUUGUUUUCAAUAGGGCUAUUCCCACUGUGUCGAUGUGUAUAUAAAACAGUGCCAAGAGGUAAGGUUUUGCUUACGAAGGAUCUAUCUAAAUAACAUUGUUUUACAACUGUGGGUAUUUUAAUGGUGGCAGCUCUCUCCUAACUUACUCAGGGUGCCUACUUGAGGAACGAUAUAUUUGAAGAUACUACUGUCCUCUGCCAGAACGUGAACAAGCAGGUUGGCGAUAUAUUUAGCAGCCCUGAGACUGUGAUGGCCAAACUUAUCCAGAACAUCUUCGAAAUCAGGCUUCAGGUGACUUGAACUUUUAAAAGCACAUUAUAAAUAUUCUUCAAAUACAAACAAGCUACUGUUGUUUCAUUGUGUUCUUUGUGUAGUAUAUUCCUUUUCAGAAUGGUUAUCUGUAGCAACCUUAAUUACUACAAACCUUGAAGUGUUUUGGUGCAAGAAUGCAUUGUUUGAUAUAUGCUGUGCAGUUAUGGCUCUGGGCUGUGCUUGCUCCCCCAAUGCUAUAGAAGUUGUGUGGGAGAAUCUUUUUGUGGUGCAAGGCUUUGAACUCCACAGCUUGGUUCUAAUCAUUAUAAUAAUAUAUAGUAAUAAUUUAUUAUUUAUACCCCGCCCAUCUGACUGGGUUUCCUCAGCCACUCUGGGUGGCUCCCAAUUGGAUAUUAAAAACACAAUACAGCAUUAAACAUUAAAAAAUUCCCUAAACAGGGCUGCCUUCAGAAGUCUUCUAAAAGUCAGAUAGUUGCUUAUUUCCCUGACAUCCGAUGGGAGGGCAUUCCACAGGGCAGGCGCCACAGCUGAGAAGGCCCUCUGCCUGGUUCCCUGUAACUUGGCUUCUCACAGUAAGGGAAUUGCCAGAAGGCCCUCAGAGCUGGACCUCAGGGUCCGGGCUGAAUGAUGGGGGUGGAGACGCUCCUUCAGGUAUACAGGACUGAGGCCGUUUAGGACUUUCUAGGUCAGCACCAACACUAUGAAUUGUGCUCGGAAAUGCACUGGGAGCCAAUGCAGGUCUCUCAGGACCAGUGUUAUAUGGUCAGUGUUAUGGGCCUUAAUGGGCAAGGCACAAAAACAUAGCUUCAGAUUCCCCUAUGUACACUGUGUAGCCAACUGCACAGAAUCUUUGUGGGCAUAAGCAAGGAAAGGAUUGUGGGACAUUUUGCUGCUGAGAAUGGGAUGGCACCUCAAGCAACCGCCAAGUGAGCAUCAUAUUCCACAAAGCGGCUCCUUCUGUCCCUUGCCUGUCGCUCGUCCUACGCUCUUUAUGAACUGUGUUGUUUCCCCACUGGGACCAGGGAUUUUCCACCUGACUGCAUCCCUGAGUGUGGUGAAGGGAUGGAGGAACAAUCUGUGAGUAGGCUGGGCCCCCGGUGCCUGUGCUGGCAGUGUGUAUAUCUAUGCUUAAUACCUCAUCCAAGUACUUUGGCACCCCUUCUAUAAUGGGGAGGUGGGUGGUUCAAGGGGAAGUUCAUACAGCACAUUAGUGGAAAUGAUAGAAAGGGGAUCGGGAUAGCCACAUCUCCACUCCCACUCUCUCCAACAUGUAGAAAAAGAGGCAGAAUAGUGGUAGCUAGGUUACGGUGAAAAGGCAAGAUCUGAAGAAUGCAGAAAUGGCAGUGUGUGUUGUUUUGAAAUGACAGAGGGGUAUAUGGAGGCAGUGUGAUGUUGCCGUUGAUUAUGCUGGAAACUUUGCUUUUCUGAGAACUUCCAUUGUAUUUUAAUAUUUUGCUGGAAGCUGCCCAAAGUGGCUGGAGAAACCCAGUCAGAUGGGUGGGGUAUAAAUAAAUUAUUAUUAUUAUUAUUAUUAUUAUUAUUAUUAACCAUUGACUUGGAUGGGAAGUUUCUCAAAACUGGAUUAUUAUAUAUGAAUGUGUUUGAGAACUAGCAGUGCUGGUCUUCAUUUCACAGAGUUAUAUAAAAGAUCAAUUGGAAGAGCACAAGAAGUCUGACGCAGAGCAGUAUCUUCAGAGCCUCUAUGAACUGUAUACAAGGUUGGUGCUGUACGUCACAAAUUUUAAAAGUGGGCAUGGGCAAGGUCUGCUGGUGUCCCCCUCCCGCCACUCCCCAUUUUUUGUCCUUCUCCAGCACUUUGUGGAUAUUCUGUCCAGAGAUGCUAUUUCCUCCCAGAACUGUGGGCUGCUUCUUCUUUUUAAAAAAUAAUGUGUGCUUAUAAUAUGUGCCUGCUGACCUCUGUGCCUUCCUACAUGUGCACCCAUGCCUAAAUUUGCUGUAAUACGAAAGGAGAAAUUCAGGGCCGGGGAGCAGGCUAGACACCUCUGCUUCUGUGGUGUUCAGAAAGUGCCAAUAGCCAGGGCUUUCUUCCAUCACAAGAAAUGCGUCAAAGAACAGUGACUGUUACUGGUGGCCCCAGGUGAAUAUUUGAUCCAAGUACAUUCAGUACUGUUUGUACUCAGGGCUUUGAUUGGUGGUGAAGGAGGAGUGACAGGAGGGUGACUGGGAUGAGAGGAUUGCACCAUGUGAAGGUGGAUGCCUUCACGCUAAAUAAUCAGGGAGAGUAGCACUAGUUCCUGCAUUGCAGGAGGUUGGGCUAGAUGACCCUCGAGUUUUUUCCAGCUCUACAUUUCAUAGAAUCAUAGAAUCCUAGAGUUGGAAGAGACCACAAGGGCCAUCGAGUCCAACCCCCUGCCAAGCAGGAAACACCAUCAGAGCACUCCUGACAUAUGGUUGUCAAGCCUCUGCUUAAAGACCUCCAAAGAAGGAGACUCCACCACACUCCUUGGCAGCAAAUUCCACUGUCGAACAGCUCUUACUGUCAGGAAGUUCUUCCAAUGUUUAGGUGGAAUCUUCUUUCUUGUAGUUUGGAUCCAUUGCUCCGUGUCCGCUUCUCUGGAGCAGCAGAAAACAACCUUUCUCCCUCCUCUAUGUGACAUCCUUUUAUAUAUUUGAACAUGGCUAUCAUAUCACCCCUUAACCUCCUCUUCUCCAGGCUAAACAUGCCCAGCUCCCUUAGCCGUUCCUCAUAAGGCAUCGUUUCCAGGCCUUUGACCAUUUUGGUUGCCCUCCUCUGGACACGUUCCAGUUUGUCAGUGUCCUUCUUGAACUGUGGUGCCCAGAACUGGACACAGUACUCCAGGUGAGGUCUGACCAGAGCAGAAUACAGUGGCACUAUUACUUCCCUUGAUCUAGAUGCUAUACUCCUAUUGAUGCAGCCCAGAAUUGCAUUGGCUUUUUUAGCUGCCGCGUCACACUGUUGGCUCAUGUCAAAUGAUCAACCAAGACUCCUAGAUCCUUUUCACAUGUACUGCUCUCAAGCCAGGUGUCACCCAUCUUGUAUUUGUGCCUCUCAUUUUUUUUGCCCAAGUGCAAUACUUUACGUUUCUCCCUGUUAAAAUUCAUCUUGUUUGUUUUUGCCCAGUUCUCUAAUCUGUCAAGGUCGUUUUGAAGUGUGAUCCUGUCCUCUGGGGUGUUAGCCACCCCUCCCAGUUUGGUGUCAUCUGCAAAUUUGAUCAGGAUGCCCUUGAGUCCAUCAUCCAAGUCAUCCAAGUCCAAUUUCUAUGAUUCUAUGAUAACAGGGUAUGGGGAGCCAAGUUAGUAGACUAAGUAAGCUAUCCCUCUUCCAGUAAAGUGAAAAUCACCCGGGAAGGGUUGGGGUUGACAUUCUCAAACUGAACUGUAAUAAAAUGAAUUAAAAAAGUAAAAAAUUGUCCAGUAGCACCUUAGAGACCAACUAAGUUUGUUCUGGGUAUAAGCUUUCAUGUGCAUGCACACUUCUUCAGAUACACUGAAACAGAAGUCACCAGACCCUUAUACAGUGGCACCUCAGGUUAAAAACUUAAUUCGUUCCGGAGGUCUGUUCUUAACCCGAAACCGUUCUUAACCUGAGGCGUGCUUUCACUAAUGGGGCUUCCUGCUGCUGCCGUGCCGCUAGCGCACGAUUUCCGUUCUCAUCCUGGGGCGGAGUUUGUAACCCGAAGUGUUUGUAACCCAAGGGUACCACUGUGUAUAGUGGAAGGGUGGGGUGGGGUUUUUCUCAGAAGGGUAGUAGGAGAUGGGUUAUUGACUCAAUGGGUAUGGUAAACCUGUUGACGACUGUUAACGACUUGUCUCAUUACAUAUGCUAAAGCUAUUUUUGGUCAUCUGCAUACGAUCCCUUGCUUUUUUCUGUAGGACUAAUUGCAGUCGUUAACAGUCUUCAACAGCUUUACCAUACCCAUUGAGUCAAUCACCCAUCUCCUUCUACCCUCCUGAGAAAAACCCCACCCUCCCACUAUAUGCCGUAUUUUUUGCUCUAUAAGACUCACUUUUUCCGUCCCAAAAAGUAAGGGGAAAUGUGUGUGCGUCUUAUGGAGCGAAUACAGGCUGCGCAGCUAUCCCAGAAGCCAGAACAGCAAGAGGGAUUGCUGCUUUCACUGUGCAGCGAUCCCUCUUGCUGUUCUGGCUUCUGACAUUCAGAAUAUUAUUUUUUCUUGUUUUCCUCCUCCAAAAACUAGGUGCGUCUUAUGGUCUGGUGCGUCUUAUAGAGCGAAAAAUACGGUAUAUGGGUCUGGUGACUUCUGCUUCAGUGUAUCUGAAGAAGUGUGCAUGCAAACGAAAGCUUAUACCCAGAACAAACUUAGUUGGUCUCUAAGGUGCUACUGGAAAUUUUUAAAAUUUAUUUUGACUGUGUCAGACCAACCUACCUGAAUCUGUAGACCAGGUCCACACUUGCUUAGCCUUGGCAGUGCUGUAGCGUUUGCUGUGCCCAGACCCCUCACUCCAAUCCCUUAGUGAACACUGCAAAUACUUUAUACCUUAAUGUUACCUCCUGCUAAUGCAUUCCUUCUUUCCUUCUUGCUCCCUCUCCUCUCUCCCUUCCUUAACAUAAAGGACUACUAAUCUUUCGAGCAAAUUGAUGGAGUUUAACUUGGGCACUGAUAAGCAGACUUUCUUGUCUAAGCUUAUCAAAUCCAUCUUCGUUUCCUACUUGGAGAAUUACAUCGAGGUGGAAAUUGGUUAUUUGAGAAGCAGGAGCUCCAUGAUUUUGCAGCGCUAUUAUGAGUCGAAAAACCACCAAAAGAGAGCCAUUGGAAGUGGAGGGUAAGGUUUGGCUUCCAGUCUUCUUUACUGUGCUUCUUUCUUUCUUUCUUUCUUUCUUUCUUUCUUUCUUUCUUUCUUUAAAUUUGCAGUAUUCUCAAAUCCGCAUUAAGGACAAGUCUUUUGUUUAAGAUACUGGGUAUGCACACAUUAGGGAUGCGGGUGGUGCUGUGGGUUAAACCACAGAGCCUAGGGCUUGCCGAUCAGAAGGUCGGCGGUUCGAAUCCCCGCGACGGGGUGAGCUCCCGUUGCUCGGUCCCUGCUCCUGCCAACCUAGCAGUUUGAAAGCACAUCAAAGUGCAGGUAGAUAAAUAGGUACCGCUCCGGCGGGAAGGUAAACAGCGUUUCUGUGAGCUGCUCUGGUUUGCCAGAAGCGGCUUAGUCAUGCUGGCCACAUGACCCGGAAGCUGUACGCCGGCUCCCUCAGCCAAUAAAGCGAGAUGAGCGCCACAACCCCAGAGUCGGUCACGACUGGACCUAAUAGUCAGGAAUCCCUUUACCUUUACCUUUUAUGCACACAUUUAUAAUUUUGUUUGCUAUCUGCUGUAAUGGUUGCUUGCAUGUCUUAAUAAUGCAGUCACAAAACCAAGCUAAAAACUUUGCAGGGAUGUUUGUUGUGUGAAAUAAACGGAGGCAGAAACCAGAGCACAUGGCAACACAGUUUACCUUCCUGCCGCAGUGGUACCUAUAUAUCUACUCACACUGGUGUGCUUUCAAACUGCUAGGUUGGCAGGAGAAAUUGCCAGCUGUAUACCAUGGAUACCCCAUAGGUUUACAAUAUACGCGUUGCCUGUGGAUGCCUGAAGGAUUUUGUCCAGCCCAUAGUGAUACUCCAGCAGAAGGUUGUUUCCUUGCUGUAGCUAAUAGCCACCAAGACCACCUCUCUGUUUCCUGGCUGUGCUAACCUGGCAUAAGCAGUAGCUUUUAAGAGAGUGUUGGAGGCAGCACGAGGGAGAAGGCAUUCCCUGUGGUGGACACAUGCAUACCUUUUGCCCUAUUAUUAUUCCUGGUCCAAUGGGCUUUGCUGGUUUUGAAACACUGCAAAACAGGACAAAAUGGCAGGACAAAAUAAAUGGUUCUGCAUCCCACAGGCAGGCUUGCCUCUGCUGUACCAGCUUUAACUUUCUUCAUAUGAGUUGCCUGUCUCCGAUUCUUUCAUAUUGAUGGUGUGGCAUUUGUUGUUUUUCUUCAAAAAUCUGAGGAAUUUGCAUUCUUUAUUUAAAAUGUCUAGCAUUGUUCUUCAUGUGGCUGAAAGGUUAACCCCGGUUUGCAUAACCAGACUUCACUGGGAUUAAUGGUUCCUGCUUGGUGCAUCUCUUUCUAGCAUUCAAGAAUUCAAAGAGCGAAUACGGCAGCGGACAAACCUGCCCUUGGGACCCAGUAUUGACACCCACGGCGAAACUUUCCUGUCCCAGGAUGUGGUGGUUAAUCUUUUGCAAGAAACUAAGCAAGCCUUUGAAAGGUGCCACAGGGUGUGUACACUUAUUAAUAGAAUUAUUUUAGGCUAUCUCUAAUGGUUUAUCAGUAUACACUGUGAGUGUUGCUGUGUGGACACAAACAUUUUCUGAGUGAGUGCUCCCAUUUUGCUGUUUUUACAUCUUCUAAUAGUUUUUUAAAAAAUUAUCUUAGUUCUUAUGCUGUUUUUGAAAACUUUUUUUAGUAGAAAAGUGGCAUAGAGAUGCAUGAGAUAAGUGUUUCUUCCUGAGCUCCUAUAUCCUAGCUCAGUCCCUGAGAUAAUCUGGGGGAGCUUCAACUAGUAGCUGGGCAUUUACCUGUGGGUAUAGGGUGGUAUUUAAAUGUAAUAAUAAUAAUAAUAAUAAUAAUAAUAAUAAUAAUAAUAAUUCAAUGCUGCUGGUGACAUGCUUCGGGAUGCUGUUCCAGCAGAGAUUCAACAACACCCUCUCUCUUGACUUUCAGACAUCUCUGAGUAUAUUCAUUAAUAAAGUUUUGCUGUUGGGACUAGAGUGAAAUUGACGGGAGCGGCAAGACCGUAGUUCCCCCUUCUGGAUUCCCUUUUGCAGUACGAUAGUGUUUUUUCCGCCCCACCUUCCCUUGGAAUUAUAGAUGUGCCUUCAGUCCAGAUUGCUAAUCUCACUUCCGUGUUUGGUUGCUCUCCUCCAUUUCACCCAGCUUCCAACAGCAUUUUCAGAAGUUGUUGGGGGAAAGGACGAUAGCACUGGAGAGAGGGCGAGAAGGGCAAGAGGCGCAGUAGGAAGGGUUGUUUCGUGAAAGAUGCAAGGAGCUGCGAGGGGCCCAGAAGGCGGAUUCACAGGAGUGGGGAACCCUGGGCCCAGGGCAGAAUGCACCUCCCAGGCCUCUCUAUCCAGCCCAGGGAACUCUCCCCUCACCCAGAGUUCCUUCACACCUUCCCUCAGCGUUUUUACCUGUCUGGAAUGUGUCCUUGAACUCUGAUCACACCUCUUGCUUGUCUAAAAGGGGAAUAGAGAGAGACCUGUGCAAAAAACCUAUUGCACUAUACAAGGGCAACGUUUUCCAAUCAUUGCUCUGCCUGCUACUGGCCCCACCCACAAUUGGCGUGUUGCUUACAAGGCAGUGGCCCUCAGUACCCCACCCCUUCAUUUUCAGAACUUCCUUUUCAGGAAAUAAAGGUAGGGGUCCUUAGUAGGGUUGGGUGAUAUAUCGUCCAAAAGCGGUUUGAAGUCCAUAUCGUGAUACCAUAAUUUUUGACCUGGCAGUAUAUGGCAAAUCAUGAUAUGUGUGUACGCUGUGCAAAAAUCACAGUGUGGGAAAAGACAUGGAGCCGGCCAAUGCUUCUCUCGAUUCCCGCAGCCGCUGUUUACUCUGCUGGCUCAGCUCUCCCUGCCUCCUGCAGGGGGCAGCAGAUGACAAGAACAGGCGCCAGCAAAAAUCACGAUGUGGGAAAAACUGUGAAGUCAGCCUGGGCCUCUGCAUAGCUCCAUCCUUAUUUCACACAUAGUGAUGCUUAGCUGGUGAUAUAUCAGGAUGUUGAAAACCAGAUAUCACCCAGCCCUAGUCCUUAGGAUGGCCAACAAAAACUUGUCACUUGCAAGUUGCUCCAACUCUUCAUAAUUACGUGGUUUUGGUUGGUCUUUGCAUGAAUCCGUGCAAAGUGGUCUGUGUUUAAAAUAGUUUGCAUAUAAUUUUUCACAUCUCAGUGCCAGAAAGGUCCUAACAAGCUCUUUCCACUUUUAAAGCUUUCUGACCCUUCAGAUCUGCCGAAAAACGCCUUCAGAAUUUUCUCUUUGCUUGUGGAGUUCUUAUGCAUCGAGCACAUUGAUUAUGCUCUGGAAAUUGGGUUGGCUGGUAAGUGCAAUACUGCCUUUAUUCCCGUUAAAUAUUGCACUGGAAUGUAGCUAAAAUAUGUGACCCUUCUUUGAAACCAUACAUUUAUGGAAAGUUUGAGGCUGCAGUAUUCUGAUGUAACUUGCCCUAGCAGUUUAGGCUCCAAACAAAAUAGCAUCGUAACAAAGAAACAAAAUGUAAUGUAAACGCCAUUCUUAAAAUUGCUGAUAUGUAUAUAAUUUAGAAGCAACGCCGAUGAGAUUGAUUGGAGUAGUCCCAUUUUCAGCUUUUAAAGAAAUGAAAAUAUCAAACACUUAACCUUCAUACAGCUUAAAGUCAGUGUCCUUGUUAUCUCUGGCGAUUCUGCUAACUGGUUCUCAGGAUUCCUGAGGCUUGUUGGAUGGAUUGUUUCUUUAGACUCAUUCAAAAGUUUUUGCUGGUUUCAUUAUUUGCUUGCCUCUAGGAAUUCCUUCUCCAGAUGCCAAGACUGCAAAUCUUUACUUCCUGGAUGUCGUGAACCAGGCUAAUACCAUUUUUCACCUCUUUGACAAGCAGUUCAAUGAUCAUCUGAUGCCAUUGGUUAGGUAGGUUACCUGUUGUGUCUUCAGGCCAAGAAGCCAUGUAGAGUUUGCAUUCUGACUCAUAAAUGUUCCUUCGUAGGGGCAAAAAGUGUUAUGCUAGAAUCAUCUCCUGUCUGGGGCCACAUAAAAGCUCCAGAAUAAGCAGGACAUGGAGGCAGACACUGUGGGAUUUCUUGCACCCUGACCUACUGGAAGCCCCCAUACUGACUUCUGAGAGAUCACAUAUUUCCAUGUAAUCCUCUGGAGGUUUAAAAACCUUAUUUUGCAUUUUUUUCCAAAUUAAGUUAGUUAACUUGCAAAUUGAGAUUUUCAGUAUUCUGUUGGCUACCGAAGCCCAAGAAUGGCAUUACAUGAGUGAUAAAAGGCAUCAGUGGCUAUUAGACAUGGUGGCUGUGGGCUAACUCUGAAUGACAGUCACUGGGGAACAGCAAUAGGAGAGGCCUUUGGCUCUCAGGUCUUCUGCUGGGCUUCCCAUAGACACCUGGUUGGUCACUGCAAGAAAGAGGUGGGCUCCCUUUUAUCUGAUCCAGCUGGGCUCUUUGGAUAUUCUUCUGCAUAUGUAAUACUUUUCCAUACUUGCCUCCACACUGCACCCCCAACAGUUGCAUGGCCAGGUUCUCUCUCCCACGUAGCUUGUUCCACACAUAACUGCGACUAGGAGGCCUCUUUCACGAGAGGCGAAAAUGACAGGGUGGACGAACUGGGAAACCCUUGCAGAUUCAAGGGCCCUGGGAUCGAGGGUGCUUGGAGUAGAUGUGUGUGUGGCAGAGAAUGGUAGCUAACGACUUCCCCUCCCUCCAUUUAUCACAGCUCUUCUCCCAAGCUCUCUGAAUGUCUUCAGAAGAAAAAGGACGUCACAGAACAAAUGGAGGUGAAGCUGGACAUGGGCAUCGACAGGCAAGUGAAGGUUCUAUCACCUUUCUGGACCAUCAGUCAGUUUCCCCUUUUGCAUCAACUGUUCGUGGUUUGGGACAGUUCAUUAUUCUGGCAAAUAAUGAAAAUUUAGGGGUGGGGAGAAUUGUGGACCUGUGUCUAGCCAUCCCUCCAUCCCAGUGCCUAGUUCUGAUUGCAAGUCCCUUGGAGGAAGGGACAGCCAUGCUGGUGCUUUGUGAAGUGCAGAGUAUCGAGAUGGUGUUAUAUAAAUAACGUGCGUGUUAAUCUCCAAUUUUAAGAGUGAAGUUUUAAAUCGCCUCUGCUGCUCUUUAGCGGCCCACCAUUUCUGGAAGCCCAGGGGAAUAGGCCUGCGAUGGCACACUUCACCGCAAGUUAGCGGUCGCUUUGAGAAGAGGAUCGUGUUGGCUUGGGCUUUGUGGGGCUCAAAACGCUAACUUUAAAACAGCCACCUGGUAUUUUAACUUUGAAGGACGCUGAAUUGCAUGAUUGGGCAGAUGAAGCACAUCUUGGCGGCGGAACAAAGGAAGACCGAUUUCAAACCAGAAGAUGAGAACAAUGUUCUGAUUCAGUACACUAAUGUGAGUAACUAUAUAUAGAUUAGUCAAUGACAAGUGACACGGCAAGUAAUUGGACUGCCGCUGGCGUUCUUCCCUGCUGACUCUGCUCAGCAUAUGCAUUUUAUCACACAUGCGCCUCCCUUAAUCAUCAAGUUUUCUUCACUCUUCUAGGAAUUCUGAUGCAUUUCCAUUGUGCGAUUUCAGCCUGGGCGAGAACAAUAGCGCUUCCUAAAUGCUCAGCGUUUUUAGUCAUUGGUGUCCUGUUGUGCUGUAUAGAAAUCAUAAGAAUGUGGAAGCAUAGAGUGGGGUGAGGCUGGCAGAUAGUUUAGCCCAGCCCCCUGCAAUAAGGCUGUAUCCUCUUAUGUACUAAGCUACGCUGUAUUGAUGACUGCAAUUUAGCAUUUAUACCGCACCAGCAGCCAAACCCACCCUCCCACCCUGCGGAGUAGCUCCCAGCACCCCAGCUGAAGUGUGCCACGUUCAAAAAGCACAGAGUAAAAAUGAAUACAUUCCUUACUGUGCCCUUCAGGCUCCCAGAUCUCCGUGGUUGCCACCAACAGAGCCACAGUGUAUGAAGAAAUCCAAAUGUUGCACAUGGAGCAAAAUGCUCAAAAUGAAUGAUGCCUAAAUUACCAGGGAACUUAUUUUAAUAGCGGUGCACCUUUUGCGACCACAUUUGAAGGCCUUACAUAAUACAGUGGUACCUUGUGUUACAUACGCUUCAGGUUACAUACGUUUCAGGUUACAGACUCCGCUAACUCAGAAAUAUUACCUCGGGUUAAGAACUUUGCUUCAGGAUGAGAACAGAAAUCGCGCAGCGGCGGCACAGCAGCAGCGGGAGGCCCCAUUAGCUAAAGUGGUGCUUCAGGUUAAGAACAGUUUCAGGUUAAGAAUGGACCUCUGGAACGAAUUAAGUACUUAACCCGAGGUACCACUGUAUAAGGACAGUAUAACUCCAGAACCUUGACUGGCUUUAGUAGCAGCCAAAGUAUUGGGAUAAUUGUAGCACAUGGAUUCAAGUUACGAGAGAUUCUGACUAGACAUCAGGACGAACUUUCUGAUAGUAAGAGCUGUUUGACAGUGGAACGGUCUCCCUCAGGAGGUUGUGGUCUCUCCUUCCUUGGAGGUUUCUAAGCAGAGGUUGGAUGGCCGUCUGUCAGGGAUGCUUCGGUUGAUAUUCCAGCAUUGCAGGGGGUUGGACUAGAUGACCCUUGGAGUCCCUUCCAGCAUUACGAUUCUGUUAUUCUAUUUAUUCAUCUGAAGUGUGAGUGCCUGAGAGAGAGAGAGAUGGGUGCACAUCAAGACCACUACUGCGGCUUACUUAAUAUUACCGUUUGAGUAACAUCAGUGGAAUUUACUUUCAGGUACUUCCACUGGGAUAUUUGAAUGCUUUUUAAAAUAAGAGGCAUGAAAUAGAUGUAGUGAACCUUUUUGUUGCAUCAGCAUCUCUCUCUGCAUGCAAACUUCUGGGUUACUCAGAACUACUUGUCAGACAGACUGGAAAAAAUGAUUAAAUCACAAGUAUGAUUCUUGUACUUUAGUCACUUCAAAUAACGGCCACAUCACCAAUAUUUUUUUCACUUUAAACAAGUGUAAUAUAGUGAUAAGCAGGGAUUACAAGCCAAUUCUAGAAAUUUUCCCUUAUGAGUGAAUCCCAUUGAGUUAAAUGGGGUUUACUCUCAGAUAAGUGGGCACAAGAAUGCAACCUGUAUUUUGCUGCAGUUCCUGGGAGUUUCACAUCCCAGGAAUACCAUCUAAAAGUAUUGAACUCAUUUUCUUCCAAGAGGGCAGCUGAGAAGUUUGCGAAAGAGUGAAGUGUCUGUUCUUUAUUCAGUUGAAAAAUGUUGUAUGAACACAGUAUGUGAGGUGUCACCUUUCCCCAGUCGUCAGUUCAGAAACCCAACACACACACACACACACACACACACACACACACACACCAUUUCCACCCUGAGUGGCUGUCAAGCCUGACAGAGCCCUUUUCUUUUUCUCCUCCUAACUUUCCUGCUUACUUUCCAGGCCUGUGCCAAAGUCUGCAUCUAUGUCAGAAAGCAAGUGGAAAAGAUCAGGAAUUCUAUGGAUGGCAAGAACGUGGACGGUGUUCUGACAGAGUUUGGAGUUCGCUUCCACCGACUCAUCUAUGAGCACCUGCAACAAUAUUCCUACAGCUGCAUGGGUGGCAUGUUGGCAAUUUGCGAUGUGGCUGAAUACCGGAAAUGUGCCAAAGAGUUCAAGGUAUGUGGCCAAUAGGCAUGCCCAAUGCAAUUUGAGAUGCAGGACCUUGUCGUUGUAUUUGACUGGGUGGCCUAAUGUUAAAAUGGGAUUUACCUAUUUGUAAAAUGGGAAUAGUCAAACUGUCAGCCUCAAAGGUUUGUUGCGUUCAUGAACAAAGGUGAGAAAAAUAUCUGUGCAUUGGGUGCAUUAUGCAAAUAAUGUUUUGCUAAUAUAGUGGUACCUCAGUUUUCGAAUGUAAUCCGUUCAAGUUCUGAAACGUUCAAAAACUGAAAGCGGAAGCCUCAAAAUAGAAGCCUCAAUACCAGGCAUAGGCAAACUCGGCCCUCCAGAUGUUUUUGGGACUACAACUCCCAUCAUCCCUGACCACUGGUCCUAUUAGCUAGGGAUGAUGGGAGUUGUAGUCCCAAAACAUCUGGAGGGCUUAGUUUGCCUAUGCCUGCUCAAUACGGAAAACUCAAAUCGGAAGCCGUGUUUUCUGUUUGACUUCUGAGAUGUGUUCAAAAACCAAGGCAUUUACUUCCGGGUUUUUGAUGUCCGAGUUCCAAAACGUUCGACUACAGAGGCUUUUGAAAAUCAAUGUACCACUAUAAUCUCUAGGCCUGUGGUGUAUCUGAAAAGCACCGUUGGGUAUUUAAAUUGAUCUUGCUUUGCUUUCCCCCCAUUGCUACAGAUUGCACUGGUACUGCAGCUUUUUGACACUCUCCACUCCCUUUGCAACCUCCUUGUCGUCGCUCCGGAUAACUUGAAGCAGGUCUGCUCAGGAGAGCAGCUUGCUAUUCUGGACAAGAACAUCCUCCAUUCCUUUGUACAGCUCCGCCUUGACUACAGAUCCGCUCGCCUCGGCCGCCACUUCAGCUGAGAGCACGGAAGAAGCAAAACCCAAGUGUUUGCUGGGACUUGGCCUCCUAGAGAGCAUAGUGGCAGCUUUUUCUGAGGGUGGGGUGGGGGCUGGAUUGGGGAGGGGGCUAGAGAGAGAGAGCGAGCUCUUGGUAGAAAAAUGUCCAGGUGUAACUUAAACUGGUCCUUUCCAUUUGUCCUCUUUUCUUCUUCCGUGUAAAAUAAACAGCCUCCAGAAAUUUAGAUUCUGCAAAAGCACUUCCUAUUGCCUGUUCAUCGGAACGCCACGUGGCCAGUCUUUCUGACUUGCUGUCUUCUGAAUGAAUUAAAUAAAUAAAAACAAAUAAAUACGUUUUCAGCACUGGUUCAAAAAUAA